AGAAAUCAUCGCACUCUUCUACGCAUGCGUAGGACGCAUGGUAGCACGCAGCUCUACAACGUGUUGAGAAGUGAGGACUUAAGUCUGAAGGGUUUGAACGGUUAUAAUUGCUGCUGGCGGUGAUUCAGCGUAUCAACAGUCAUGGCAGAAAAUAAAGAAGAGAUGUCUCCAAUUGAGAUGAAAGUGGCACGACAAUUAGAGUACUACUUUGGGGACCACAAUCUUCCAAGAGACAAGUUUCUCAAAGAACAACUGCAACUUGAUGAUGGUUGGGUGCCUUUGGAGACGAUGCUUAAAUUCAACAGACUGAAGUCUUUAACUACAGACACCACCAUCAUCAUCGCAGCCCUCCAGAAAUCAAAGAGCGGCCUCUUGGAAAUCAGCGAAGACAAGACUAAAAUCAGGAGGUCUCUAAACAAACCUUUACCCGAACUGAAUGAUGAAUACAAAGAUGCCCUAAAACACAAAUCUGUGUACAUUAAAGGUUUUCCUCUCGAAACUUCCCUUGAUGAGAUUCAGGAGUGGUUGAACGGGAAAGGCACAAUAGAAAACAUUCAGAUGAGGAGAAACCUGCAAAGGCAGUUCAAGGGGUCAGUGUUUAUCUGUUUUGACACAGAAGAAUCAUCCAAGCAGUUCUUAGAACGUUCAGACAUAAAAUCAUUCAAGGACAACGAAAUGCUCGUGUUAUCAAGAGAAGACUACCAUGCAAAGAAAGCAGAAGAGAGAAAACAGUUCAAAGCAGAGACAAAAGCAAAAGCUAGACAGGACAAAGAACAGCAGCAGAAACAUGCAGAAGACAAAGAAAUGGGUCUGCUUCUGGAUGAAAAGACGGGUUGCUUAUUGAAGUUUUCAGGAGAGCUUGAAGAUGUUUCACGAGAGGACUUUCACGUAUUGUUCUCUGGGCAUGGAAAGAUCAAGUGGGUCGAUUUUACAAGAGGAGCCAAAGAGGGCACCCUCCUUUUUGACGGAAAUGCAAAAGAGGCAUUCGAUAAGGCCAAAGAGGCAAGCGGAGGGGAACUGAAAAUCAAGGACAACAGUGUUACAUGGCAGGUGCUUGAGGGAGAUGAGGAGAAAGAGGUACUGAAGAAGAUCAUCGAAGCUCAACAAGAAUCUUACAACCGAUCCAAAGGCAGAGGAAGAGGAAGAUCAGGUGGCAGAGGAAGAGGAGGCAGAAGGGGAAGAGGUGGCAGAGAUCAAGGCAGAACUCAAUACCAAGGCAAAAAGACGAAAUUUGAUAGUGAUGAUGAUGACGAUGCACCUGCAGCCCCAAAGAGAGAGCUAGAGGACGCUGACGGUCCCGCAGCAAAGGUUGCCAAAACUGAAAAUGGAUCUUAGUAAUAAGGUCACACCCAGAAUUUUUUCCUUUGUGAAAACAUUUAUUAUAAACAGUGAAAAUGCAGAGGCAACUUAAAUCCAUUCCAGUGAAAGCUUCAGGGUUUGGAGAACCGUAGGAAGUCCACCUGGAUGUCAACCUAGAGAACAAUUUGCAAAGCUUGGCAUCAGUUUUCAGCCUUUUAAGUCCUUGUAUGUCGUGCCUCUCACAUGUGUACCUAUGUUUUUCUUCUUACAUUUGUUUUGAUUUUAUCAUAUAUAACAUUGAAUCAAAUCUGUUCUUUGACAGUAAUUUAAUUUGGUCAGAACAUUUUUAGUUGGUUUUGUAAGACCUGUGUGAAAUCUGGAGUCUGUGUGCCAUUGUUAUUUUUUUCAUGUAGAUUUCCUACAUUGAGUGAAAACAUUCGCUUUGCUAUUUUUUUUAAGUUCGCAUAUGUGAAUAGCAAAUAAAACGUUUCUAAAAAUUA